AUGGCAGAUGAACAUCGCCCACUCAAGCGCGUUCGGCAAGCUUGUGAACCAUGCCGGCGAAAAAAGUCGCGAUGUCCAGGCGAGAAACCAGUAUGCUCCUUUUGCGAGCGGCUGGGUCAGCAAUGUGUUUAUGCACCGGGCGAUGGGCCUGAAUUGCCUGCCGCUGAUAUUGCUAAACGACUAUCAAGCGUUGAGGACAAGCUGGAGGAGCUAGCUCGGAAUCUCAGACCGCACUCCACGCCGGCUGAAGUCUCUAUCUCGCAAUCAGCGCUCGUACAGCAUAAGCUACCAAAUCUCCAGCAGAAUGAUCUCUCUACCGUUGCGCAUCUGUUCCUAACAUGCUGCAACUAUCAGCCUCUCCCGCUCUUCCAUCCAGAUAGCUUCGUUGAGACCCUGGAGAGUCGCGAUCCGGAGCUGAUUCUCGCGAUCCACGCUAUUAGUCUUCGGUUCGGGCGUAGUCCUGAUGGUAGCGACUUGCGUCCUUAUAUCACGGACUGUGCGCGCCGAGCGAGGACCCUUGUCAUGGAGCGUAUUGGUCGAGGGCCUCUGGAGCUGUCCACUUUGCAGACGCUUUGUCUUUUGGCAUUGUUUGAUUUUACCGCUGGUGAUACGGUUCAGGCUGGGUUGCAUCUCAAUAUGGCGACGUAUCUGGCGCAGAGUGUUAAUACUGCGGGGGAAACCCUAGGAGCAUUACAUCCGGAUCCGGAUGAGAAGCGGAGGUGUCUUUGGAGUAUUUACUUCCUCCAGAGCCUCCAAGGGGAUGGGGUGCAGGCGGCGCGACUUAUUGCAGGUGUUCGUACGCCCUUCAAUACCGGCUCGGGAUUCUCUCCUACCUUUACCUUGAACCCCGGUCCGGAGAUUGGACUACCUCUUUCGGCAAAGGAGGAUCUCGAUCUCAUCUCCUAUGCAGUCCAAGCGGGCGAAGUAUGGUCUAUGGCAAUGGCAUACGCGGCUAGCCGUGUCGAACCAGAUGCACCGGCACCAUGGUCACCACAUUCUGACUAUUCGAUCGUAACUUACCGCCAUAUGGAGUUUGACAGUCAGGUGCCUCUGAAAUAUCGGUAUGAUGCCAAUAGGUUCCAUGAACACCGCCUGCAUGAGCUGAACCAACGGCGCGAGUUCUGGGGUCCGUGGUUGUUCACACAGUUCCUUUACCUGGCAAUCCCCUGCCUUCUGAACCACCCAUUUCUGCUAUCGCGGAGACUGCGUAGCUUCCGACACACUAUGCCACAGUCCUUUAUCCGACAGUCAUUCGAGACCAUUACAAACAACGCCGCGUGGAUCCUACAUUUGAUUGACCUAAUCGAGCACAAAGGGUUCGAAGUCUGCGACCCAACACUUGCCCACUGCGUCCUCAUAGUAGCGACUAUUCAUCUCCAACAUAGCUUCGUUGAUGACCCAAGUUUUCGGGAGAAGGCGCGGAGAGGCUUCACCAAAUGUGUCCGUUUCCUCCAUCCGUUGGCGCAGCGGUGGCCACACGUCCAAAAUAUGAUUGACCGACUUACACGGCUUCGAGAAAACGUUUCCGCCGGUGACCCUCAAGCCUCCCAUUCCCGGCAAGCAUGGACCACCAAUGCCCAACUUCUUUGGGAGCUGCUGGUCUACGACCGUGCAAGCCGCUCGCCCCAAGCGAGUCAACUUUUCGGAGCUACUCUCUCAGACACCUCCUCUCGGCAGACCGCGCGCAUGACUCCAGAUCCCAACUUCCCUCUUGUAGGAUCCGCAGGAAUUACGGGCCACAAAACGGUCGCCAAAGAAAUAUAUACACAUCCUCCAGAGACUAUCACAACACCACCCGCAGUUCAAGCGGAGGCGCUCGCAGGAGCCGUGCCGUCUAUAGAUCUUGACCCGUUCAACAUGAUUUCGGACCCCACGCUGGAAGGAAUCACGGACCAUAUGUUUUUGGAACCAGAAAGCUACGGUAGAGCCAUUGAGGAUUGGUGGGAAGGAGACGGCUUGAUUUAG